AUGGAUAAGUGUUCUGUUACAUACUUCCAAAAGCUGUUUGUCAAGGGCACCAGACUUCCAUACCUCUGCUGGGAUUCCAUCCACACCUGUGCAUUUAUUAUUGGAGAGGGAGGUAACUGCUACUUUGAGUUCUGCAAUGAGUGUCCCGUACUCCACACACCUGAUGUGGGUGAUACCAGACGGUACGCCUUUCCUGGCUUCUGGAUUGCUGAGAAUGUGACGUCAUUUGACUUCAUGGUCAGCGCUGACAAUGAUGCGCACAUUGGACUCUUCGCAAGUAACGUGUCAGACGAAAAAUACGAAAUUGUUAUCGGUGGAUGGAACAAUGCUCGUAGCGUUAUCGGACGAAGUGCCAGUUCCGAUCUUUUGACUUGGAGAGAAUUAUCUCCUCAACAAGACUUCCGUCUGACAGGAAAUCCAGUUUUUGACCACUACCAGCUAUCCUUCGCCAACGGUUAUAUUAAGUUAAGUCGUUAUGAUACACAACUAGCCUUUAUAGACGCCACUGACCUGGAUCCUCUUGCAAUCAACUGCGUCGGAAUAAUGACUGGGUAUGGAUCAGUAGGGUAUUGGAAAUUCCCGACAUUCUGCCAGGAAAGCCAAAACAAGGAUCAUGCAUAAGUGCUGGUUGAGGCAAUCAUGUAGACCAUAAAUUAAUUGAAUUGUAUAGUCAAUCUGCUGUUAAACUUGGGAUUGUCAAUAAAUUUAAAACAUUGUAGCUUUUUCUCGAGAUGAUUAUACAGGGCAUCGUUUCACGGAGCAGUCAUAAGUUCAAAUUCGCCGACAUCCGAUGUAAUACACGCGUUUCAAUCGGAUAAUAGUGAACUUGUACGACUGUUUCGUGAAACGUUGACCCGUUUCAUAAAGUUACGGUUAUAGCAUGGUAAAAAUAAAAUAAUGUAACAUUAUUGAUCACAGUAAUGGUAGGUCAUCUGUAUGGACAAAGCCGGGGGGAAUACCACGUAAAUAAUUCUAAGAUGAUAAUUUGAAGAAUAUGGAGUUCAUUGCAGACGAGAAUUCACAUUUAUUUGCUUUUUAUUCCCCGUGCAAUAUGUAAAACAUAAAGAACAAUACAGUAAAAAAAAAAAAUCCGAAAAUAAAAAGAAGGCGAAAUAAAAGUAGGCGCAUCAAAAGAUGGCGAAAAUGAAGAGAUUAUACGAACUUCGUAGCAUUUGGAGAAAUAUUUGUUGUAUAAAUUAUAAGGGUCACCAAACCUGUCAUUUGACUGGUGACAUAAUUUGAAGAUGAAUUAUUGAUAUGAUAAGACGGGAAGAUGCAUAUCUAGAAAGUUUAUUUUUUGUAAACGUAUCAAAAUCACUAUUGUUGCA